AUGUCAUCUAGAAGUCUAGUUUUGCAGAACUGCUUGCUUCCAUUGCGAUCCAAAGCCAUACCAGCCACUUAUUUGAAAAUGCCAAUUCCAGUUUCCGUUAAACGGAAAAAUCUACAUUACAGCUCCAGUCUCAAGGGUGACAUGCUUAAAUUUUCCAAAGAAUUACCAACCUUGCCGGUCCCAGAGCUCAAGGAUACCGCCAAAACGUAUUUGCAAUCAAUCAAACCCUUUGUGAAGAACCAAGAACAGUAUCAAAUCAUCAAGACAAAACUUGAAGAGUUUAUUUCUCCAGGAGGACUAGGGGAAGUUCUACAAGGUCGUUUGAAGGAUCGAGCUUCAAAAACCGAUAAUUGGAUUAGUGAAUGGUGGGAUAACGAUGCGUAUUUGGCAUAUCGUGAUCCAGUAGUCCCAUAUGUCAGUUACUUUUUCAGCCAUGCCUCCAAUUUGUUACCAAAAACAUUGGAAAAGUCCCAAUUAAAGAAGGCAACCAUAUUGGUCGAUAAGGUGUUAGAUUUCAAGGAGCUUAUUGCCACAGAAAAUUUCCCGCCAGAAGUGAUAAAAGGUACUCCAUAUUGCAUGAAUGGCUUUACAAUGAUGUUCAACAAUAGCAGAAUUCCUGGUGAAGCUGUCGAUGAUACGAUUAGCUUUUCUCAAACUGAAUUGCAAAACCAAUUUAUUGUUGUGAUCAAGAACAAUCGUUUCUACAAAUUGUAUCAUCAAGAUGCAAAUGGCAAAAGAUUGGAUCAUUAUCAAAUUCAUCAGGGGCUAAUGAAAAUUUCUGAGGAUGCCAAUGCGAAAGACGGUUCUUUCAGGCAACCAGCGGUUGGUGCUUUGACCACAUUAGAUAGAGACUCUUGGUAUCAAGCCUUUAGCAAGCUUUACAAUUUCUCCAUUAUCAAUGCCAAUUCUUUCGAAGACAUUUUCAGAUCCUCUUUUGUGUUGUGUUUAGAUAAUGUCUCUCCAAUUUCUUUUGAAGAAAGAUCAAGAAACUGCUGGCAUGGUGAUGGUGAAAACAGGUAUUUCGAUAAGCCUUUGCAAUUCUUUGUUGCUGCUAAUGGUGCCUCGGGAUUUUUGGGGGAGCAUUCAAGAAUGGACGGUACUCCAAACUUGACUUUGAAUAACUACGUCUGUAAAGAAAUGGCUAGGUUCAAAAACAAUGAGUUGUUUGAUAACUUCAUUCCUACUAAUGUGGAAUUGAUCGAGUCUGAACCUAAAGAAUUGAAAUUUGACAUCUCCAAAGACGUUGCUAGUAUUAUCAAAUCUGCAGAACAAAAAUUCCGCGCAACAGCAGUGGAUGGUCAUUUACUCAAGGUUUGGCGUUACCAGGGAUACGGUAAAACCUUGAUUAAGAAAUUCAAUACCUCCCCUGAUGCUUUUGUUCAAAUACUUAUGCAAUUGGCGUACUACAAAUACACUGGUACUUUAAAGCCAACGUAUGAGUCUGCCACCACCAGAAAGUACAAACUAGGUCGUACUGAAACCAACCGUACCGUUUCCAGUGAGCUUCUUGAUUUUGUUAAAACUUUCAACAACCCAAAGGCUACUAUUGAGGAAAAGAUUAAGACCUACCGCGCGGCAAUUGCCCAACAAAACGAUUAUAUCAAGCUCGCGUCCAGCGGUUUGGCAGUGGACCGUCACAUUUACGGGCUCAAGAAAUCUUUGAAGAAUGGGGAAUCUUCAGAAUUUUUAAGCGAUCCUAUGACCUCUUACUCAUCCACUUGGUACUUAUCAACUUCACAAUUGAGUUCUGAAUACUUCAAUGGGUACGGUUGGUCGGAAGUUCAUGAAAUUGGAUUAGGGUUACCAUAUAUGAUAAAUAGGGAAUGGUUAAACAUUACCAUAACUUGCAAAACCAAUAACCCUGCGGGUUUAGACCCUGAAAAAAUGCAUUACUACUUAACUGAGGCCGCUGAUGAGUUAAAGGAAGUUUUGAGCAAUGAAUUAAAGAGUAAAUUGUGA